AUGAACCGUGUGCCGUCCCUUGAUUUUCUUAGACGCCAUGUCUAUGCACAAGGUUUGCGUCCCCUCUCUUCCAAGGUUGAGGCCAUUCGUGACUUUCCUCCACCAAACUUCAAGCGUCAGUUGCAACGUUUCCUUGGCAUGGUAAACUUUUAUCGCCGGUUCCUACCGAACUGUGCCGACCUUAUGCUGCCACUCACCACCUUGCUCUCUGGUCCCAAGGGUCCCCUUGAGUUACGUGGUCACACGCUGACUGCUUUUGAGAGAAUAAAGACCUCCCUUGCUGAUGCUACCUUGCUCACUCAUCCUGCUCCAGAAGCCCCAUUGUCCCUGAUGGUUGAUGCUUCGACCGUUGCCGUAGGAGCAGUCCUCCAACAGCAUAUCAACGUCUCGACACGACCGUUGGCAUUCUUUUCAAAGAAACUUUCACCUGCCGAGACGAGAUAUAGCACGUUUGGCCGUGAACCUCUUGCCAUUUACCUAGGCGUAAAACAUUUCCGACACUUCGUUGAGGGUCGUGACUUCACAAUUUUCACAGACCACAAACCACUUACAUUUGCCAUCCGAUCCCAUUCUGACAAACAGAACCCGAGAGAGAUUUCUCAUUUGGAUUACAUCUCGCAUUUCACCACCGACAUCCGCCACAUUGAUGGCCCGAAGAAUGCGGUGGCCGACAUGCUGUCCAGACCUUCCCUCUCGGCAUUUCACCUCUCACACGGGAUUGAUCUUGGUGCUAUGGCGUUUGAACAACGACGUGUUGGAUGCCCUGGCGACGAGUCUGUUGACAGUCUUCAAUUAGUUAACGUCCCAUUGACCACCGGCACUGGCACAAUCCUUUGUGACGUAUCGACUCCUUUUCAUCGCCCUUAUGUGCCUGCCUCGAUGCGUCGAGCUGUUUUUCAAACUCUCGACGGACUCUCCCGUCCUGGGAUUCGAGCCUCACAGAAGCUCCUCGCGGAAAGGUUCGUAUGGCCUGGGUUGAACAAGGAUGUGAAAGCUUGGACACGAUCGUGCCUUUGCUGUCAACGUAACAAGGUUCAACGCCACAACAAGUCUCCAUGGGGCACGUUCCCCAGCCCCGAUACCCGGUUCAACCAUGUGCAUUUAGAUGUCGUAGGUCCUUUACCUCCAUCCAAUGGCUAUACUCACCUUCUCACCUGCGUUGAUCGCUAUACCCGUUGGCUGGAAGCCAUUCCUUUACUAAAUGUGCAAGCUGAGACCAUUGUGAAAGCCUUCGUCAGUCGUUGGGUCGCCAUAUUCGGUGCACCAUCCAUGAUUACGACUGAUCGAUGCGCGCAGUUUGAGUCCACACCUUUCCAAACUCUCCUCAACUUCCUUGGCUGCACACGUAUUCGGACGACGGCCUACCACCCAGCUGCCAACGGCAUGGUUGAGCGUUUCCACCGCCAGCUAAAAACUACACUGCGUGCCGCAGAAGAUCCCGAAAACUGGUCAGAUCAUGUCCCCGUUGCACUUCUUGGCAUUCGUGCGGCACUGAAGUCAGACUUGGACUGCAGCGCAGCCGAAUUGGUUUUCGGCACUACCCUUCGACUGCCUGGUGAAAUGGUCACCCCAACCUCUCGUGGUGCCGAAGAGACCCCCGAAAAUUUUGUGCAUCGUCUGCGACAAUUCAUGCGCUCGCUUUCCCCCGUUCCACCUUGA